CCUUGACACUUUUGAAAGGAUCCCAGACACCCUUCUGUAUCUAUGAGCAGUGGCUGCUCAGAGAGGGACAUGAUUUGAGAGGAUAAUCAAAAGAAGGGAAGCCCAAGGUUGAGAGAGGUACAUUGGAUAUGCAGGAAGUGGGAGCGCCGUCCGGUGGUGGUUAGUUGGGGGCAGUUCCAUGGCUAGAUUUAUGGCACGCAGUUGUUGAACGCCUGACAGACAUCCGAGGCAAGGGCUCCACCGCUGCUAUCCCUGCUGCUGCUGCUUCAGAGGAGCUCUGUUUGCUACCGGAGAGGAAGCUCUGUCUCAGCACACAAAGCAGAUGGUGAGGGAGCAGUAUGUCACCACCACCCAGGACAGCAGUGUCCCUGCCCCGGUCCCUGACUCUGUCUAUAAGAUCGGGAUCUACGGUUGGAGGAAGCGCUGCCUCUACCUGUUUGUCCUGCUGCUCAUCAUCAUCCUCACCGUGAACUUUGCCCUCACCAUAUGGAUCCUCCAGGUCAUGUGGUUUAACACAGAAGGGAUGGGACAUCUAAAAGUAACAGCGGAGGGAUUGAGGCUUGAGGACGGGAAGUCAGAGUUCCUCUUUCCUCUCUAUGCCCAAGAGAUCCACUCCAGAGAGGACUCCUCUCUCCUGGUGCACUCAUCUGAAAACGUCACUCUCAAUGCCCGCAAUGAAAAUAAUGAUGUCACAGGAAGUCUCUCCAUAGGGCCAGAAGUGGUCCAGGGAAAUGCACCGAAUUUUGUCAUCAGCUCCAACACCAAGACGCUGUUUUCUGCAGAUGACAAAGAGGUGGUUGUUGGAACAGACAAACUCCGUGUUACAGGUCCAGAAGGUGCCCUGUUUGAACACUCUGUAGAGACGCCCCUGCUCAAAGCUGAGCCCUUCAAUGACUUGAGGCUGGAGUCUCCAACCCGCUCUCUCAGCAUGGAUGCACCGAAGGGAGUCUUUGUCAAAGCACUGGCUGGGAACAUCGAGGCGGCAUCUAACAUGGAUGUUCUAUUGCACUCCAGUGAAGGACUGGUGAUUCUGGAUGCUGAGACGGUGCGUCUGCCGAGUCUCCCCCUGGGACACGGAGGGGUGUCUGGAAACGCUCAGGGACUCUACGAAGUGUGUGUCUGUCCUAGCGGGAAGCUGUUCCUGUCCAAGGCCGGGGUCACCUCCAUGUGCAGCGAAAGCCAAGAGUGCUAGCGAGUGUCUUUGCCAUCAGAUUAUACCAUAGUGAAUGAAAAUGCCUUUAAAUUGGUUACUCUGAAACACUUUCAUAUAAAGCACAAAAACAAUCACAACUUUUCAAUUCUGAACAAAACUGCCAGUUGAACUGUAGACAAAUCCUCCUAAGUAAUUUAUCUAUGGUGCAUUUUAUUGAUGGAAGUUACAUUUGAGACUAUUUUACUAUGUAACUGAAACAGUGACAUGACAACUUUAUACCACAUUAACAAGUGGCUUACUCCUGCAGUAUAGUUGUUGAUACCAUCUUAUGUUUACACUGAGUUGAGAUUAUUGUUUAUUUUAGAAUUACGGUAUUAUGGCUGGGCAAUGAGGAGCUGGUUAACAGAUUACAUCCUAUGCAAUAUGUUUUUUGUGGUGCACUAAUAUAGGACUUUAUGUAGGCCCGGUUUCCUGGAUACAGAUGAAGCUUAGUCCACAACGGAGAAUCCCCCAAUGAAAGUGAUUUUUAGUGUAGGCUUAAUCUGGGUCCGGGAAACCAGCCCGUAGUGUAUUAAUGUUGGGCAAAUGGAGAGAAAAGGAUGAUCUGAUCUAGUCUGUAGAUACACUGAGUAUACCAAACAUUAGGAACACCUUCCUAAUAUUGAGAACAGCCUCAUGGUGUCAAGUGUUCCACAGGGAUGCUGGCCCAUGUUGACUCCAAUGUUUCCCACAGUUGUGUCAAGAUGCCUGGAUGUCCUUUGGGUGGGUCAUUCUUGAUACACAUGGGAAACUGUUAAGCAUGAAAAACCCAGCAUCAUUGCAGUGCACCUGGCACCUACUACCAUACUCUGUUCAAAGGCACUUAAAUCUUGUGUCUUGCCCAUUCACCUUCUGAAUGGCACACACACACAAUCCGUCUCACUUGUCCCGAGGUUUAAAAAUUCUUAUUUAACCUGUUUCCUCCUCUUCAUCUACACUAAUUGAGGUGGAUUUAGCAAGUGACAUCAAUAAGGGAUCAUAGCUUUCACCUGGUCAGUCUGUCAUGGAAAGAGCAGGUGUUCUUAAUGUUUUGUAUACAAAUACAACCUAGUUAUGGUCUAAGAAAGAUAAUAUAAAAUAGAGGUACAGUUGAGUGUGUUUGUGUUACACAUUCAUUAUGCAACGUUAAGAAAUCUGAUACAUCUGUUGCUAGAGAUUUUAAAAAGGGACUGUGUUUUCCCAAGUACUUCAUUUCAUCUCCCAGUUCACCAGCUGCUUCUGUGUUUGUUGUUUUUUUCAUUUAUUCAUUUGUGUGAAAUGUUUUUAUUUGUAUGUUUUUUUUAGGUGUGAUGUAUGGCCAUAUAUCACAAACCCCCAAGGUGCCUUAUUGCUAUUAUAAACUGGUUAACAACAAUUAUAAACUGGUUAGCAAAAAAUGGUUUGUCAUACCCGUGGUAUAAGGUCUAAUAUACCACGGCUGUCAGCCAAUCAGCAUUCUGGGCUUGAAUCACCCAGUUUAGAUUAGUCAGUCAAACUAAUCAGUAUACUGUAAGUAAUAACUUUGCAAAAAUAGGAAAUUAAAUGAAUAGUGUGACAUUUUGGCAACUAAACCCCUUGUUCUACUUCCCCAGAGUCAGAUGAACUCAUGGAUACCAUUUGUAUGUCUCUGCGUGCAGUUUCAAGGAACUUUCUGGAGCCAUUGCUAACUAGUGCCGUGACUGGAAGUGUACAGGAACAGAUAGCAUGCAUUUUCAUCACACUCAAAUUUGCUAUAUUUUCUUUCUCAGUACAUGGUUGUGUUUCUAUCUCCUUCCUUGGUGUAGGCCACGUGGGUAGCCUAGUGGUUAGAGCGUUGGACUAGUAACCAAAAGGUUGCAAGUUCAAAUCCCCGAGCUGACAAGGUACAAAUCGUUCCGUCGUUCUGCCCCCGAACAGGCAGUUAACCCACUGUUCCUAGGCCUUCAUUGAAAAUAAGAAUUUGUUCUUAACUGACUUGCCUAGUAAAAUAAAGAUAACAUAUUAAAUAUGCUAUGAUGUCGCAAUACUGUAACCUACCCAACUGUCACAUACUGUCAAGGUUACAAGUCUAUUUACUUUUGCGCAUGCUUGGCUGUUGAAUUAGCAAUUGAUAAAUGGUAGCCUACAAUUUGUUGUGUGGCGGGAAUAAUUUAAACCAGUUAUGUCAGAAAAGGAGACACGUCCUGCAAUGUCUAUAUCAUAAUAGACCUAUAUAAUAAAAGUAAAAUAAACACAGAUGACAUGCUGCUAUGCAUUCUCUCUGUUUUAUCAUUAGGCCUACGUUUGAAUGUUUUUAUUAGCCUACCAUCAUUAUAAAUCCCGUGCAUCAAACACCUCCCAUUUUCCCCAAACGAGCAAUAAGCCUAUUUGUUGCAAUGCAGUUGAUCAACCUUCUAAAAGUAUGGUUUGAGAUUUGCGUGGAGAUAGGCACUUUCCUGUCAUGUUCACAAUUGAUAAAUACCAAUCUUUGCAGGAAAACUAGUGCUCGCAAGGUUUAGAGUAUUUUUUGUGCAUAUGUCCCUGUAGCCUAUGUGUUCUAUUUUAAGGGAAUAUUUAUUGUACAUUUUGAUUUUAGAAAAAAAUGGCAGCUUCUUAGUUAUCUUGUCACGACCUUGACUGUAAUAUAGAUUGUAAUGCGUUACUGUUCACCCAUGUUGUAUACGUGUUCGCUUGUUGUCCUUAUACAGUAAAUAUUCUAGAAUUGUCAGUGAAGUUGAUGUUUUGAUAAAUUGUGGAACAUGUUUGCCAGGUUUUGUAUGUUUGAAUAAUGUGCUAUUCUUGUAAAAAAGCUCCUGUCUUUAACAGAAUAACAUGUAUAUAUCAUUGUUUGAAAUGAUGUAUCUGAAAAUACAUUUUCCAUGAACAUUAUAAAUACCAGGGGGAAAAAAGGAUGAUCAGUCUCUUUAUUUUAAAAGUUCCAUGAUCAUCUUCCUUGCGACAAUAAAUAUAUUUAAAGCUUUUCUACAA